AUGCAGAAGGAAAUCGAAAUGGAAUUUGAGUCGACCAUCAACUCGGGCCAGAUCCCUGGCGUCGUGCUGAUGGCCAAAGACAAGUCGGGUACGAAACUCAAUUAUACCCGUUGCUACGGAACCAGGACUCCCCGGACCGGAACCGAGCCUACUACGACACCUACAAUGACGGUGGAUACGCCGAUGCGUCUCGCAAGCGCCUCGAAAAUCAUUACUGCGGUAAUGGCCAUGCAGUGUGUCGAGCGCGGAAUCCUCUGUCUGGACGGGGACGUUGCCGACCUUUUGCCAGAAGUAGGGGAGAUGAAGGUUUUGGACGGUUUUGAGAAAGAUUCGCAGCCAAAUUUGAGAGACGCGGAAUGCGCUGUUACUCUGAGGCACCUCUUAACCCACACUUCGGGCAUCAGCUACGUCGUAGAAGACCCGAAUCUGAUACGAUACCGCGAUCUUGGUCUCAUUGCGCAACCGAACGCGGGAAGAAUCGCAGAACGCUUCAAGUACCCGCUGAUACACGACCCAGGGAGGCGGUGGUCCUACGGCCCCAACCUCGAAUGGACAGGGAAACUCAUCGAGCGCGCCACCGGCAUGACCUUGGAGCAGUACAUGCAGGACAAUAUUUGCGCGCCGUUGGGCGUCACCGACAUGACCUUCAAGCUACAGGAGCGUCCGGGCAUGAUGGCCCGCCGGGCGGAUAUGAGCAAGCGCGACGAGGAGGGUGUACCCCGGAUUGAGGAAGCGAGCUACUACCAAUCCGACCCGGAGGAUUGUUUCGGGGGAAUGGGCAUCUUCGCAAGCCCGGCGGCCUUUAUGGCGUUUUUGCAGUCGCUCCUAGCGAAAGACGGCAAACUUUUGUCGGCAGAUACAGUUGAAGCCAUGUUACGGCCGCAGCUCGAUGACGAGUGCGAACAGUCUCUUAACGACGAGCUCGACGCCCGCCAGGAGACAAACCAUGGGGGCCUCCUGCCACAAGUGGGCAUUAAGAGGAGCCACGGGUUGGGCGGCUUGCUGAUCUUGGAAGACUGUGACGGCGGAGAUUGGAGGCAAAAGGGAUCGAUGGGCUGGGGCGGGUUUCCAAACCUGUAUUGGUGCAUUGAUCCUGCUGCUGGGCUGUGCAUCCUCAUUGCGUUCCAGCUUAUACCCUGGGCUGACAAGAAAUGUGUUGAGCUUGGUCGGCUAUUCGAGCGAGCCAUGUACGAGCAGCUGAAGGAUAAAAUGUGA